CCUGCCCGCGGCCGCUGCGCCGGUCGGGGCUGCGCGGAGCGGCGUGGAGGCUGCUGGCAGCAUGUCCCGCCUGCUAGGUACCCUGUGUGGUUCCCAGCCUGUGGCCCGCUUCCAGCGCUCCUGCGGGCUCUUCCCCGCCAGCGAAGAGGGCGGCUGCAGCAGCGAACCCUCCGCCGAGGGAGCCCGGGACCGCGGAGCCUGCAACGGCGCGGGCGCGCUGCGCAGCCUCUCAGCCACCGACCGCGGCUUCCCCAACUGGGUGCGGAGUGGCCGAGGCCCGAAGGGCUGCACACAGAAGUAUAUUGUGAAGAACUACUUCUACUACUACUUGUUCAAGUUCUCAGCUGCUUUGGGUGAAGAGAUCUUUUAUAUCACUUUCCUUCCAUUUACCUACUGGAACAUAGAUCACUCUGUGUCCAGGAGGAUGAUCAUCGUUUGGUCUAUAGUGAUGUACAUAGGGCAGGUCUCCAAGGACCUCCUCAAGUGGCCUCGGCCCCUCUCACCACCUGUCGUUAAGCUGGAAAUGAGGACAGUUGCAGAGUAUGGGAUGCCUUCUACCCAUGCCAUGGCAGCCACUGCCAUCUCCUUCUCCUUCUUCAUCGCAACCAUGAACCAGUACAAGUACCCCUUUGAGCUCGGUCUGGCAGCAGCAUUUGUGUUCUCCACGCUGGUGUGCCUCAGCAGGCUCUACACGGGGAUGCACACGGUCCUGGAUGUGAUUGGCGGAGCGCUGAUCUCGGCGGUGCUGCUCGUGCUCCUGUACCCUGCAUGGGACACCAUAGACCACUUGUUGUUGACCAGCCCCUUCUGCCCACUGGUUUCCAUCACCCUGCCUCUUGUCCUGUGCUACAACUACCCCAAGCUGGACUUCUACAGCCCUACCAGAGGAGACACCACUACCAUCUUAGGAGCAGGAGCAGGAGCAACUGUGGGAUUUUGGUUAAACAAUCAGUUUGCUGCAGCCGCCUACGCUGGGGACGGCUUUCAGCUCAGACUUCCCCUGCUCACCAGUCGAGUGGUGGCGGUGAUGUUGGCCAGGUUCUUCGUAGGGAUCCUGUUUGUUCUGCUGACACGCUGGCUCAUGAAGAGCCUGGUCCUUGGCGUGCUGGGCUACCACUACAAGUUCCCCGUGGCCGACCUGGAAGCCCGGAGACGACCAGAAGUGGAAGUGCCCUACAAAUUCAUCACCUACUCCUCGGUCGGCUUCAGUGCCACUGUCAUCGUGCCGCUGCUGCACCAGCUGCUAGGACUGCUCUGAGCCCAGCACCCUCCUUACAGAGCAGUGCUCAGCACCACCAUUUCACAGAUAAGUGGAUCAAGGGUGGUAGCUCAACCAAAAAGUGUUUUGUGCCUUUCUGUGCUGGUGAGGUGAGUUAACUCUGGCUGGAUGCCCACCAAAGCUUCUCUGCCACCGCCCUUCCCAUCUGGAAAGGGGAGGGAAAAUACAACGGAAGGGUUGAGAUAAGGACAGGGGGAGAUCACUCACCAGUUACUAUCAUGGGCAAAAUGGACUCCACUUCAGGAAAAUUAAUUUAUUACCACUCAAAUUAGAGUAACAAGCAAUGAAACUGCAUCUUGAGGCACCUUACCUUACCCUUCUCCUUGAGGUUGCCUUCAGCCUCGAGGUUCUCCACCUCCUCCCUCUCAGCAGUCCAGAAAGAUGAGGAAUGGGGGUUGCAGUCAGUUCAUACCUUGUCUCUGCCUCUUCCUCUGCCCUACCAUGGGGAGGCCCUUCACAGGAGACAGUUCAUCAUUAGCUUCUUCAGUGUGAGUCCUUCCUAUGAGCUGCACUCUUCACAAACUGCCUCAAGGUGGGUCCCUUCCAUAGGAUAGAGUCCUUCUGGAACACACUGCUCCGGUGUAGGUCCCCUGUUGGGUCACAAGUUCUGCAGCAAACCUGCUCCAGCAUGGACUCCUCUCUCCAUGGGGCCGUGGGUCUGCCAGGAGUCGGCUCCAGCCCAGGUUCUCCACCUACUUCAGUGCAGAGCUCUCCUUGGGCUGUAGAGGGACAGUCAGCCUUACCAUGGGCUUCACUGCAGGCUGCAGGGGAAUCUCUGCUCUGGCUGAAGCUGCCCUUCUGCAGUAUUAUUUCUCUUUAACUAUGUUAUCCCUGAGGUGCCACCAACAUUGCUGAUGGGCUCAGACUUGAGCAAUGGUCAGCCUGUCUCGGAGCCAACUGCCAUUGGCUCUACUGGGCACAGGGGAAGCUUCUGGUGGCGUCUCACAGAAGGCUACUGAAAACUUGCCACACAAGCCCAGUACAAGUGGCCUAUAAUACCCAGUUUGGAACUGUCACAGGAAGUAACCUUGGGUUAGAAAUUGCUUAUGCCAUAAUUGGAGGUCCCUGUCUCAGAUGACUAAAGAUAAGCACAGACUACAGAACCAAAAUCCCUGCCCGAGCGGAGCAGUGGCUGGUUUGCCCCAGGGCCAGGGAUGCUGUGGAGCAUGACUGGCCCUGUGGGGCACGAGCCUCAUGGCACCCUGGGCUCCAAACCCACCUGCCUGGCUGUGGGGUUGCUCCUGCUGAAGCAGAAGAGCAUGCCUGCUUGUCUUCUGGGCUGCAAGGACAGCUAACCUGUAGAAAGUAAAGGAGGUGCUUUGCUGGCAGCUGAGCACCUGGAUAAAUACAAGUCCCAAAACAUUGCUGGGAGUUCUGUGUGAGGAGCAGGUUUGUGGCAUGAUAAAGUGAGUGGCUGCUGGGGUGGGGAAAGAGACAGUGAAACCUUGUUCAUGAGGCAGGCAGAGCUCUGCCCAUGCCCUGCUAUCCCCCUGGAGCCCAGGGAUAGAGGAAGAGUGGCUGAUGAUGGGAAGAUGAUGCAGAGGUGGAGGCUUUUCAAGCACUGUACCUUCCUGCUGUUUGGCUUCAGAGGGAGCACCCUACUGGCCGGGAAGGUUGGUUUCUCCAGCGUCCAGCCUCAGCAGAGAUCAGAGGGCCACACUUGGGGACAGCUGAGUGUUUCCCUGAAAGCAACCUGAAACAUCCCGAUGGUUAUUGUAGCCGCCGCUUGUCGUAGUGUCUUCUGAGGGCGCUGCCAGACCUGGCUAGCUCUGCCUGUAAGGCUUUGCUCACUGCAGUCACUCAAAGCCCUCCCCAAGUAAAACAGACUUUAAAAAGCAAAUCCAGCACAAAACAUCUGUGGUGAUUUGUGACAGAUUUAUCUUGCCUUGUAAUAGAAGCACCUCUGGUGGGAGACCCUUUGCUUCACCACCACCAAGCAGAGUUGCUCCCACAGCGUUGAGGCUUCUGUUCAAACUAGCUCUGAUUUAACUUCUCUGGAUGGGACAAAGUCCUUCCUGCCAUGCAGUGGUGACAAGCAGUGUCCUUGAGCUGUGUGGUGGAAGGAGCUGAGCAGUGGCUACAAUGAGCAGAUGCCAUCAUUCCCUGGUGCUGUGCAGCAUUAGGGUUGGGCUUCCGUGCGUCUCGCAACACCCUGCAGGUCCUCGCAGAGGAGCUUUCCCAGGGGUGUGCUUUGCUGUCAGGCUGCUUAUCGUGAAGAGAUACCUGCUGGACCAAGGAGCUGUUGAGAAAUACAGUGGUGAAUGUGGUCUGCUUGGCUAGGAAAAACGUGCUGUGAGCUGCAAGCACGGCCCCUGUGCCUUGCCUGGUGAAAGCCAGCUGCCUGACUGUGCCCGCCUGUCUUCUAGGCUGCCACAACUAACCUGGGCUCCAAACCCCCCUGCCUGGCUGCGGGGUUGCUCCUGCUGAAGCAGAAGAGCAUGCCUGCUUGUCCUCUGGGCUGCAAGGGCAGCUAACCUGUAGAAAGCAAAGGCGGUGCUUUGCUGGCAGCUGAGCACCCGGAUAAACACGGCAAGUCCCCAGACAUUGCUGGGAGCUCUGCGUGAGGAGCAGGGAGUUGUGCGUGAUGGAGCUGGGUGCUGUUAAACCAGCUUGGUGGUCUCCAGAAGGGAAGCAAGCAGAAGUUUUAGCCGUGUUUAGGUUUGCCCAGGAUAAACUGGUUUGAAUCAGGCUGAGAGGAUUUUACAUGUGCACACAAACAGCUUCAAGGAGUCUUUCAGCAGUGCCCACUCACAUAUACCCUCUGGCGGGACCGGAUUUGAGCUGUUAAAGCCACUGGGUCCCAUCCUCAGUCUCCCUCCCCCACAUCACAAGCUUUGAAAGACUUCAAAAACUUCUGCUGUUAGGAGUGCUUCCUGACUGGCAGCUUCGUGGCCAAGCUGAAGCCCUUUGAAGGGGCCACGUCGGAGUGCACGGGACCAAAAGCUGGGGUGGGGGGAAGUGGUUAAAGUGUGAGGUGGAAUUAGUCCCAAGAAAGGCAGGUUUGGACAGGGAGGUUCAUGCAGCUUUCUGUGUGCAAUCUCCGUGCUCAAUCACAGCUGGUUUCUGCCCUUAAGAGUUUCUAAAUCCUAUCCAAAUGCUUGGAUUUAGCUUUCCCGGUGUUCCCCUGCAUGUCCUUCCUGUGACACGUGCAAGCUGUCUUUGGUUCACACCUAAAAAUACAUUUAUUUUGCAACAU